AUGCGACAUUUUCCGAGUAUUCCAUGGUGCCCCUGGAAAAUUGUAUCCCUCUGGAUGAAGCAAGGCUUGGACCUGGUGUCCAUGGCGUACCCGCUUGUGCCGCAUGGUGGGCUAAGGGAUAUUGGCCUGAAGCCCAGUGAGACCAUUUUCCUGUGCCCGGCAACGGGGUUCUAUGGCAGUUUUGGCAUGCAAGUUGCUGCCGCGAUGGGCGCAAGAGUGAUUGCAAUGGGUAGAAACGAGGAGAAGCUGGCAAGAUUGAAAGUGGAUAUCAAGAGAGGGUCACCAGCAGCGAAUAUUGAGGCGGUCAAGAUAACAGGGGAUGAAGCCAACGAUGCGGCUUCUCUACGAGUAUUUGAUGCUGUCUUGGACAUUACACCUUCAGCCGCGUCCACAUCGACGCAUACAAAGAGUGCUAUCGAGAGCCUACGUCAUGGUGGGACAGCCAGCCUGAUGGGAUCGACCAAGAACAUUGGCGUUCCGGAGAUCAUGACAAACAGUAUCACGCUCAAGGCCAGAAUGAUGUAUGGCCGAGAGAGUAUAACGAAAUUCGUCAGGAUGUUGGAGAGGGGAAUGUUCCCUAGGGGCAGGGAUUUCGUGGAGACAAAGACGUUCGCACUAGAUAAUUGGGAAAGGGCCUUUGACGUAGCUACGGAACACAAUGGUAUCGGCAAAUGUGUAGUUUUUACCCCAUGA